AUGGAAGCUGCUGCAACAUCAAAGGUCGAUGUGCUCAUUAUUGGAGCCGGCCCCGCAGGCCUCAUGCUCUCCCUUUGGAUGGCCAAGUUGGGUGUCAAGACGAGAGUCGUGGACAAGCGAACUGGCAAAAUCGUGUCCGGUCAAGCAGACGGAUUUCAGUGUCGUACCCUAGAGAUUUUCGACAGCUUCGGUAUCGGACACAAAGUAUGGCACGAGGCAAACCAUAUGCAUGAGGUCAGUUUCUGGAAUCCAGACGAGGAUGGCAAGAUUCGUCGCCACCACCGUGGUCCCAAUACUCAACCGAAUCUUUCGCGGUUCACCGAGGCCGUGUUGCACCAAGGUCGUGUCGAGAGCAUUCUGAUCGAUACAAUCCGGGCCUCUGCCUCUCCUAAACACCCAUUGGUCGAGAUUGAGCGGAGCGUUAUGCCAACCUCGCUGCAUAUUGACGAGAGCUGUGUUGAUGACGAAGAUGCCUAUCCCGUAGAAGUGACGCUGCGCCAUCUGACUGAGGAAGAAGCCACCCCGACGCAAAGAGAGGAGAAAGUUCGAGCCAAGUAUGUGGUUGGAUGUGACGGAGCACAUUCAUGGGUGAGAAAGACGCUUGGUGAAGAGUACCAGAUGAAGGGUGAAUCAACUGAUGCUAUUUGGGGAGUACUGGACAUUAUUCCUAUCACAGACUUCCCGGACAUUAGAAGCAGAUGCAUGAUACACAGUGCUGAGUUCGGCGCCAUGAUGAUCAUUCCGAGAGAAAACAAGCUUGUCCGAGUUUACACCCAACUUAAACAAGUAUCCACAGGCACAGGACGCGUUGACAGAUCACAAAUUACCCCAGAUGUCAUCUUGGAGACAGCAAGAAAGAUUCUGAGCCCUUACACUCUCGACUACCACUACAUUGAUUGGUGGACAGCAUAUCAAAUUGGGCAACGAGUCGGCGAUCGUUUUAGCAAACACAAUCGUGUCUUCCUUACAGGAGAUGCGGUGCAUACACACUCACCCAAGGCCGGCCAAGGCAUGAACGUUUCCAUGGGAGAUACGUACAACCUUGGCUGGAAACUCGGCCUCGUAUGUAAGAAGUUGCUGCAGCCGCACGUCCUUGAUACGUACGAGUUGGAACGGAGGCAGAUUGCUCGGCAGCUCAUUGCCUUUGAUCACAAGUUCUCCAGGCUCUUCUCAGGGAGGCCGGCCAAGGACGCCUCUGACGAGGCGGGAUCUUCCAUGAGUGAAUUUCAACAGGCAUUCCGAGAAGCACAAUUGUUCAUCACAGGUGUCGGCAUCCGCUAUCAGCCCAGCGUCCUUACAUCAGAGAGUGAUUUGAAAGGAGGCUUGCAAGGCACUGAGACACCGUCUCAAAGCCAGGUCACAAGCUCAGCCGAAUCUGCCGCGCAUUGCCAGCCGGGCAGACGCUUUGCGUCGCAAAUAGUGCUGUCACAGGCAGACGCCCGGCCAUGGGAGCUGCAGCUGCAUAUGCCAUCCAAUGGCCGCUUCCGCGUCGUCGUAUUCGGUGGUGACAUCUCGCAAGCCACGCAGCUGGCCACAGUCAACAAGCUUGGCAGCUGGCUCCAGGCCAAUGUGCUGUCGCCGGCCAAAUCGCCUCGCAUCAGCCUGGCUCCUGGGCCAGACCCGCGUGGAGGAUCAGGAUCAUCGCAGUGGAUGACGGAUGAGGACCCGUCCAUUGUCGACGUGCUGCUGGUGCACUCGGCGCCACGAGACAAGAUUGAGCUGCUGCAGGAUCUGCACGAGGUCUUCCAUCCUUUCGAUAAGAAGCUGGGUUGGGACUAUGGCAAGGUGUUUGCCGACGACCAUGGUAAGGUACACGAGUAUUACGGCGUUGAUCCAGACAGGGGGGCCGUUGUAGCGGUGCGUCCCGACGGUUACAUUGGUCUGGUGACGGGACUGCAGGCGGAAGAUGGCUGGACGCGGCUGCAGGCCUGGUUUGGCGGGUUGCUGAGGCCAAGUCCAAGCUCAAGCUAA